GAUUUUAGACACAGUCGAGCAAACAUUUAGUCGAGAGAAAAUGAUAUGUGUUCUUUAUCUGCCAUCUGGUUGUGUAUAUGUUAACCAAUUUUAACUAAAAUGGACUGAUGUAAAUGUAUAUACAUGUAUGUUCGCUUGCAGGAUUUACCUUAUUCGAUUUUGGUGUCUGAAGGAACUGAUGUCCCGAUUUGCACGGUGAAUGUAAAUGUAAAUAUUAAAAAGGAAGCCAGUGCACUUAGAUUUUUUUUAAAAAAAGAUAACAAUUCCAGUGGGUACAGAUUGUAACAAAAAGGAGAAAGCAAAAUGGCUGAUAGUGAAAAAUCUGAAGUAUUGUUUCAAUUUCUUCAGUGCAUACACAGCAAGACUAUAUUCAAACAGGACAGAGAACAAAUUGCAGAUCUUGAACAAGGGGUUAAAAAGAUGAUAGAGAAAAUUAUUGAUGUUUACUACUCGAAAAGUAAAUAUGACUUUGAUAAACUAAUUCAUGUUGGAAGUUCAUUUGAAGGCUCAAAGAUAAUAUCACCAAAUGAGUUUGACUUCAUGUUGGUACUAAAAGGUCUGUCUGAACCAGGAAAAGUUUUCAUUGAGCCUGGUUGUCAACCAGGAAUGAAGCUGUUAAGGUAUAAAAAGUUUAAGAGGAAACACAUGAAAGGCCCGAAUUUGGUUUUAAACAACAUGCUAGGACUUGAAAUAGAUUCUCUAAUGACAAGCAGCGACGAAAAGAGAGCAAAGUACAAUAGCAUUAGAAUCCAAACAUCAUUAGGAGAGCUCCGUAUUAAGAACAUGUUUCGUUAUACAUUACAUUUGGAAUGUAUCAGUCAAGAAAGUAGCUUUGAUAUAGACGUUGACCUCAUGCCAAGUGUAAGAAUACCACCAGAUUCAAAGGAAAUUAUGAAAGAUAUUAUGACGUGUCCUGUAGAAAUAAAAGAUUUGGCAUUCAAGGAUGGUUGUUUCUUGGUUGGAAAAUUCUGUAUUAUAGAUGGCAUGUGUUGGCAGUUAUCAUUUGCAGCCGCUGAAAGGAAUAUGAUGAAAUCUUUAUCACCAGGCCAUAUGAAAAUAUACAGAGUACUGAAAUAUCUUUUUGUUGAGAAAUCUAUAAUUGGCAUUUGUGAUCUGAUGUCGUCAUAUGUACUGAAAACUGCAGUUUUAAGACAUGCAUACUUUGAAUGUGAUAAUAAUUCAAAACCAACCACAUGUUUCAUAGCAAUCAUACGAUCAUUAUCAAUAUCAAUCGAAUCAGCAUUUAUGAAAUCUUUGUUUCUUCCCUCUCUUAAUUUAUGGCAGAGAGUCAUUCAUGAAAAAAUGAGAAAUAUAACAGAGAACGAAACUAUCUGUGAAAAAUCAGUGAAAGAACAACUCUCUGAAAUCAUAAGAACUGAAGGCAAAGGUCUGAAGUAUGCUGUUUAUAUAUCGGUUAUAUUUGAAUUCUGGAAACGUGUUUUUAUUCUAUUAGCAUGCUUGUUCGAAAAAGUAGAAGACGGAACAAUACAUUUUAAUUCAAUGGAAAAUGCCUUACGAAUUAUUUACACCAAGUUAAAUGAAGAGGACGAAGAGGAUGACAUUGUGAAAGAUUACUUUCAACAAGAUGUAAUUGCUUCUGACGACAAAGUCUUACAUGACAAUGAUUGGAGCAUUCGUAAGUUUCAUACAAAGUCUGAUGUGAAGGAAACUCCUGAACAACCAAGAGUAAGUUCAUUUGAACUAAAUGAAAAUACAUGUAAAAUGAAUGGUUUACACGCAGACAGUGAGACUACAAGUGAAAAGAUUGACGUUGCGGGCGAAUGUGUUGAUGUUGAGGAAGAGUCACAAGAUUUGAGAGACAUUGAACAGUUUGUUAACGAUUAUGUUGAAGAAACUGGAGAACAUUUUGAAUCAGAUGAAGAGUGGAUGACAGAUACUGACGACUCAUGUGAUGACAUCAGUGAAAUAUCUGAGGAUGAAUUGUUUGUACAAGCUCAUCAAGAGGAUGUAUAUGAGAUGUAUGCUAAGCAUGGAGAUGUCAUCAGGACUAUAAAUAUUCCAGUUUUUUCCACAUUUUUGCAACAAAUUUCGGAUCGAGAACAGUGCAUGUCCAUUCAACGAAUUGUUGAACAGUUCAAUGUACCUUCAGGGUCACAUAGAUCCAGUACCUAAUUGUAAACAUAAGAAUGAAAAGGAAUGCAUGACUAUGUAUAAAUAAAUAUACAUGGAAAUAUUUUAGCUAAAUUCUUAACACAAAUUUUAUUAAAUGUAAAGAAAUACAUAUCUUAUGCUUUUUACUUUUAAACUUAGUUUCGUUAAAACAUAUGUACUUAUUUAACCUUAUUGUUUCAAAAGUGCAAACUAAUUCAUAAUAGUAUUGUUUCGAUUUCUGAUUGUUUUAUGAAUAACGUUGAUUAGUUUUUUGGACCCAUUCCAACUGGACGCUCAUUGGGUGAUACUUUAAUAAUUUGAAAUGAAGUCCAAUCGAAAGUUACAAUGUUUAAUAAUAAAUGUGUACAGUAAUAUUUAAAUGAUUAUUAUAAAAAAUAUAGUAUUAAAAUUUGUUUAAAAUGUAAUACAGCGAGUGAAAUAAGAAUACAAAAUACAAACAGGCAUUAAAAGUGUAAACCCCUAUUCAUAUGUAAUAAGUCAAAGAAAAUAAAGCUUAAUAUAAUAUUUCUAAUAAUUGUUUGUUUAAAAAUCUGUGUACUUCAACAAGAAAGACAUACUGUAUCAUGAUAUACAAACUCACUCAAGUUAAAGUGUUGAAUCAAACAAGCAAAGAAACAAAUCCGAAUAUGAUUUGAAAAUGUUUAAAGCUGCAUGACUCUAGAUGAGCCAAAACAUUUCAGGAAAAUCAACUUUGAGAAAAAUGUACUACAAUUUAAAGAAAAGUAAAAUAGUAAUGAAUUACAUGUUACAUGCAAUGAAUGAUUGAUUUUGAAG